UGCCACGUCGGAUGGAGAUGUAUGUACAGUUCUGGGGUUAUGAAUGGAUAAGUCCAUGAGAAGAAGGGAGGUGCUGGGCUGGCAUUAAUACUCACGAAAAAUGGCGUCGUCCAUAUCGAUUCCUCUGCCGUAUAAAUCUCACUCUCUCCGUCGUUCCCCAAUUUAUAGCCCUUCGCAACUUCACUCAUCCAUCAAAUGUUCAGCUUCCAACACUGAGGAAAGCUCAAUUCAGUUUAAGCAACUUAGAAAUGCUGCUUGUGGAUUCCUUGCUGUUUGGGCACUUUCUUCUGUUUCUCCCGUUAUUGCUGCUGGUCAGAGAUUGCCUCCAUUAUCAACAGAUCCAAAUAGGUGUGAACGUGCCUUUGUUGGCAACACAAUAGGUCAAGCCAAUGGUGUUUAUGAUAAACCACUUGAUCUGCGCUUUUGUGAUUACACAAAUGAGAAAACUAACCUCAAGGGGAAGUCACUUGCAGCAGCACUCAUGUCUGAUGCAAAAUUUGAUGGUGCAGACAUGUCUGAAGUGAUCAUGUCUAAGGCUUAUGCUGUUGGAGCUAGUUUUAAGGGGACAGACUUUUCGAAUGCUGUUCUCGAUCGGGUGAACUUUGGGAAAGCCAACCUCCAGGGAGCUUCAUUUAAGAACACUGUGCUAUCUGGAUCUACCUUUAAUGAUGCACAACUUGAUGGUGCAGAUUUUGAGGACACAAUCAUUGGCUACAUUGAUCUACAGAAGAUAUGCACGAAUAAAACUAUUAACGAAGAAGGGAGAGUAAACUUGGGAUGUCGAUAACCUUAUGCUAUUGUCCAGUUUUCUCGUACUUGAUUCAUCUUCCAUUCUCCGUGGAAUAAUUGAAUGUAAGCUGCUACUAGUAUAUUUGUCAAUUUGGUAUAACAAAGUGAGCGAGUGAGUUAUCCUAGUAAUGGCAACUAAGAUUGAACUCUCCUUGUAACUUACAUCGUUUAUACCUGAUAGUCUAAUUAAGCAUCAACUUUCAACUGA